CUCAUCUUAAAUAGCGUUGCCGGUUGUUCUUUGUGCACAAGAUAAUCUCUUAGGGAUGCAUCUCACCUGCAAGUGCAAGAGAGCAUACGGAGGGAAGGGAGCCUGUGACAGGCAUGGCAUGGCAUGCGUACGACCUAUAGAGAGAAACGCAUAUAAAAAACCUACUAACCAAAGGAAUCUAUAGACCUGGUUCCCUCAUGCGGUCACGUCGUACUGCAUGCCUCGGCUCCUUCGCGCAGCCGCCCUUCCACACGUUCUGCCUCCGCGCCGCCGCCGAGCUCCCGGCCGUCGUGUUGUCCGUGCAGUACCGCCUCGCCCCCGAGCACCGCCUCCCCGCGGCCAUCAACGACGGCGCAGCUUUCUUGUCCUGGCUGCGCGGCCAGGCCGAGCUUGGUGCCGGCGCCGACCCGUGGCUCGCCCGGACGUUCCUCUCCGGCGACUCGGCGGGUGCCAACCUGGCCCACCACGUCACGGUCCGCGCAGCGUCGGGGCAGAUCGCGGUCAGCCCGGCGCGCGUCGUCGGGUACAUCCUCCUCUCCGCGUUCUUCGCUGGGGCCGAGCGCACGGCGACGGAGGCCGACCUGCCGGCGGGCGUGUCCCUGACGACCGCGAUGGCCGACCAGCUCUGGCGCAUGUCGCUGCCGGUGGGGGCUAGCUUGGACCACCCGCUGGCCAACCCGUUCGGCCCGGAGAGCCCGAGCCUCGCGCCGGUGGAGCUCCCGCCGGCGCUCGUCGUGGCGCCGUUGAGCGACGUGCUCCGCGACCGCGUGCUGGGCUACGGGGCGAGGCUGAAGGACAUGGGGAAGGCCGUCGAGGUUGUCCAGUUCGAGGGGGAGCAGCAUGGCUUCUCCGUCCGCCAGCCGUUCGGCGAGGCGGCCGACGAGUUGCUGCGGGUGAUCAAGCGGUUCGUCUACCGCGGCAACUGAGCGGUGAUGUGUUGUGAUUUGACUGAUGCUUGCUUGUUGCAUGAGCAUGGAAAUCCAGUUCUCAAAAUAUAAACGAGCAGAACCUGGGAAUCUGGGAUUGCCUCGCUUUUCUAGAAAUGAAUCUACUUUUGCAACUUUCAUUUCUUGUUGGACGACGUUCAGUCGUAUCAAGAACUACUUCA